AUGAUCACGGCGGGGCCCACGCUCUCACCCGUCGAAACCGCCCCUUGCACGCCGUUUCGCAAAGAUAGGACGGCGAGGACCCCGGCAGCAGCGGUUAGCAAAGCGCUGAGGAGAGGCGCCGCGGCAAUCGAACGGCGGCUUGAAUCGAUAGCUAAUGCGGCGCUAGCUUUGCUUUCAGCGGCGAAGGGACCUUCCUUGGCGGCGAGUCUGCUGGGGCUGAGACUGCGUAGCGUAGCAUUCCAGAAGGCCACGAUGCUGCUGGUGAGCUGUUCUUGGUCGUCGCCAAAACGGUCUCUCAGGGAAUCCUCCACGAUGCUGAGGAGGUUCUCUGUCGGGGGAAACCGCAAGCCAUCAACGGCAUUGGUACCCAGAAGUCACCACUUUGCAUUUGCAGCAUGA